AUGGAACCAGAUUAUGGAUCGAUACAGAGAGCACAAUCCAGCCAAGAACUGUUAUCUCCCUUCACUACAACUUCCUCCUCUUCCUCCUCUGUCUCACACUCCUCGGCUUCCUCGUCCAAGUUCAGCAAGAUAUGGCUUUUCGACACGCAGAUAUUUACAGCCAUCCUUAUCUACGUCAGCUAUGUACGUGACCAGCAGGCCUUCAACUUCCUCGUACGCGUGUUUACCCAGCUUAUUUUGUAUAGCAUCCCUGACACAGAAAACCUUUCUGACCUACGAAUGUUGAUGAGCUCCGAGGAUCUAGACUUGCAGAUCACCCGCAUAACGAUGGUCCUAGUUAUUGUGAUACCCUAUACCCUUAUGAACUUCUUCUUCUCUAUGUUUCUCCAUAUGAAAUGGCUUUAUAGUUCGGCCCUGCUUGAAUCCUCCGGUCUGCAGAUAAGUGUGGACUCGAUCCGAAAUACAAUCAACGCCAUCACUGAGAAAAACCUCAAUAGCACUACGUGGAUAAACGACGGGAUCUUUGUCGAUCUCAUUGGCGAAUCUAGCAUGAAUUGCAUCCAGCGAACUCCGAUAAACUCUUCCUAUCUCGUAUUCCUCGAUAUAGCCAUCAUCUCGUCCCGGUUGACUCCGAAAAGAGAAUCAUCCGCAGAGAGCUUGCAAACUACGGCUUCCACUGUGGUUGGAAGUGGUGGGGCCGGCAACAGCAGCCUUCUGGGAAUGUCUGAAAUUAAGCCUUCGUAUCAUGCCCCUGAAAGUGUCUACAAUUUGGAAACAGUAUACAAGAAUAACACCCGGUUUGCAACACAGUCGGUUUUACCUCCAAACGACUACCAUUCUCCCUAUUACAUCCCUUUCAAGAAUAUCGAUGACCCGAGGCCAGUCGAUCAAUUGAUCUAUAGAUUCAGUAUCUGGAAGAUGAUCAUCAAACAGGUGAUUUUUUAUUUCAAGGAAAUGUCCGUGUUUAAAAGUCAGACUUAUCAGGGGAAUCGGGCCAUGUUGGAAAACUUGGAGAUUUUGAAACGGCAGAACUCAGGAAAGUUGAAAGUGAAGGCGAACGCAAACAAAUCCUUGAAGAAGUCCUUGUCAUCAACCAGUUUUGGCGACAUGUACAACAAUGCUACUGGUGGAGGCAACAUUGGAGGAGGCGGAGGCAUGAAUGGCAGCAGUACCAACUUGAGUCAUGGUGCAAACGUGAACUUCAAUCCUUCUUUCUCUGGCGGCGGGGGAGGUGCUGGCGGUGGCAAUGGAGCCAGUAGCAUUAUGAGUGGUUCAACAGCUGGAGCUAGCUCAAUCUCUUUAGACAACCUAGAAAAUGAAAUGAACAUGGAUCAGCAGAACAUGGUUAACAAAUUAUUGCAAACCACUUUUCUUCCUGCUGGCGACAAUUCCAUCUUAUCAAUCUCAUCGACUUUUUUUAACAACCACAAUUACUUGAAGGAGAAAGAGUUGUUAACGUAUCAGCAUUUGACCAAUAGGCUUAUACCAAGACUGGAGAAUUUGAAAGAUCAAUUAAAUGAAACCAUAAAACAGAUGAAUUCGAUCAAAAACUCAUCCGAUUAUAAGACUAAAAAUUUGAAAAUGGAAAUUGCCAAAACAGGUGGCAUCAUGUCUGACUAUAUAACUUCGAUCGAAUUAUUGAGAACAGGCCAUUCAAAGUCGAGUUUAGGAACCACUAUUGAGUUGAAAAAUAAUAGGAUUGACUCAAAAAUGGAUCCUUAUAUUCUGAAGUUGAGGUUAGAUUUACAAUUGAAGGAUCAGCUAUACAUCGAGGCACACCUUAAAGAAAUGUACUACGACUUACAGUAUAAAGCAGUUCAGUUGGAAAAAAUAUUAUACACUGAAAUUCAAAACUGUAUCUCUACGUAUACUGAUUUGAUUGAUUCGGAGUUGAACGCAGUCAAAGACAAUAUGAUUAUGCCUUUCAAGGAUGGGUUUGUAAAAAAUGAUCCCACUAUUGACUGGGACUAUUUUAUCAAAAACGAUUGCAAAAGAAAUUUUUUACCGAUCAAUGCAAAGAAUACCAUACUAAAGGUCAAGAAAGUCAGAAAAAACUCUGACAUUGUCUACCCCUAUAGAAAUAGUGUUAUCAGCUCGUGCAUCUAUUCUGGUUACUUAGACAGAAAAUCUAAGUAUUUGAAAAACUAUUCCAAAUUUUUUUAUGUCCUAACAAUCAACUUUUUGCACGAAUUUAGAUCAAAUGAUAGAAUUAAAGAUCUGAAUCCAACCCAAUCUUUUUCUUUGACAGACGUUACAGUUUCUGCUGUUGAUGACGAUCCUAAAAAAUUUGUUAUUAGAGUUUACAAAAAAGGGGACAAGGAGACCAAGACUAAGUUUACGUUCAAAGCCGAUAAUAUUGAUUCAGCUAUAAAAUGGAUUGAUUAUUUGUCCGACUUGACAGAAUUCGAAAACACAAUUGAAAGGAAUAUUUCUUACGACGCUAGUGAUGAUGAGAAUGGCUAUGAUGAUCAUAAUCCAAGUGCAGGUAUACCAACUUCUGUCGAACAGAACAAUUUUGCCGAUAACAAUAGUACGGUUUCCUCACCUGCUUCCAAUAGCUAUGAGUUCAAUCAAAGACCUACAGGUGCUUUAUCUUCUCCGGAAUCUCCUUCGCUGGUGAGCCACUCGAGAUCUAUCAGUGAUGAACUGUUCCCUAAAUCUUCACAAUAUCAACAAGUACAGAAUAGUUUACAAGAUGUUGAUUACUUUUCGAAAACUCAUAAUAACAACACCAAUAACUUGGGCAAUGUUACCUUCAAAAGUAUAAAAUCUCAACCUAACAUGAGACAGACGUCUUCCUCCUCAAUAUCAUUGGGUAAUUCAAACUCUAAGGCAAGUUCAAGAACUAGCUCGAGAGCAAGUUCACGGGCAUCUUCACCUGCAAGAAGUAGAAAUAAUCGCCCUCUGCUUUCUCCAAAAAUAGUCUCAUCAAACAUAACACCAACUUCUGGCAAUAGUACUGCCAGUGGAGGGGGUAAUGGUGGUGGAGGCGGAAGUGGAGGCGGAGAUUACUUCUCUUAUGCUCCAAGAAAGGUCCAAGCUUCCAUUAUUAGGAAUGGUAACAGAUUGGCGUCAACAAAUAACAAUGGAAGAUUAACUCCAGGUACAAACAACAACAGUGCGUUAACUCUAAACGUUGCAAUGGCAAAAAAUUUGAGCUCUUCUAGUGUUAACGACAAGCUUAAUGCCAGCGUACCUAAAAUUAAUAUUCACGACAGUACUCCAGUUAAUACUGAAAAACCAAACAUAAAUUCAAUUCUAGAUGGCAACUAUGAAAGUCCGCCAACAGCUUCAUCGCAACCAAUUUCUAAUGAGCCAAAUGAAGAGCCUAAAAAUAAAGGAUUAGAAAGAAGAAGGAAAACUUUGAGCGAAAAGCUCGAUAUUACAGGCUUGGUCAGCGCAAACAAAAUAAAAAACAAUGGAUUGUUGAAGCUUUCAAACGACGCCGAAAGUUUAAACUCAACCGCAGGAUUACCUCAAACCCCAGGUAUUAUUCCUGGUUCGAUGAUGAACGAAGUUUUCGAUACAUCGAACAAUAUUUACAGCCACGCUUCAUCUCCUCCAGAAACCAUUUCUGCAUCAUCUCCACCUCCUCCUCCUCCUCCUUCUUAA